UGUCUGACGGCCAGGGUAAAGUGGUGAAAGUAUUCUAAAUGUAUUUUAAGACCACUAAAACAUAGCCUGUAAUAUAUAAUUUCACAGACCUCUGGAGCACUGAAUUUAUUUAAAAAUAUAAACACUUAGGGACAUUUAUACACGCAUUUAAACACAAAAACACAUAUUUUAGCAGGUCAGACAACCUAAAUAAACACAACAUCAAAUGGAACAACAAAGCAUAAGAAGAAAUUAAUACAUGAAUAAUUUAAACUUUUGUAAAGUUUGGAAAUUUUCAUGUAUUGUUUGACACAGUGGCAACAGCAGAUAAUGUGUGUGUAUCUGCAAUGGUCUGUCAAAGGUCAGCAGAGGGCGCUCUGAGCUCAGCUGUGUCAGGGUUCAGUUCAUGGUCAACAGCCGAUGCACGAAAGAUGGACGUUGACUUGAAGGCAGGAUAUGAAGAAUGUUAGUGACUAUUGUUACAGAAAUGUCCAGGUCGCCGUGGUGCAGAAAGAGGGAGGUACCUCAAGUGGAGAGACACAAAAAAGCCAGCCAUCACUUCAGCAUCACAGUCAGCCUCAGCUAGCUCUGUCAUCCAUCAUAUAAGUGGCUGUUCAAUGCCUAAUACAUCAGAAAGUCAAGGAGCAAACCUAUCUGGGCCAGCAGAACCGUCGGGGCUGCAAAGGCCCACCAAUGGGGAGGAGGAACACGGUCUGCUCAGCUCCCUCGCCCGGGACGCUGCCAGAGUAAGGAGGGCUUCGAGCGCCGAGCUCCACCUGCCGUGGACCUGCCCUGUCACACACUCCCGUGAGAAGUUCUACACGGUCUGCUCUGAUUAUGCUCUUCUCAACCAGGCUCCCUCUGUGUACCGUCCCCCAAAUGCAGCCAGGGACGUUGUCACGAGCAAGCAGGAUGACGGGCUGUCUCUUGUGAAGCCAAAACCUGCGUCUGAUUUCGGUGCUGGCCAUUCGGGAGGGGCCCAUGUGGGAUCAGAUGGGGAUUGUGACAUGGUUGAAGUGUCCUCCAGCCACGCAAAACCUAUUUUAGCCUGGGAGAUUGAUACCACAGACUUCAAUGCGGUGCUCACCAGGAAAACAAGAACAAGCAAUGUGAAGAAAUGCAGCACCAAGAAGAUGAAGUCAUCAGACAGACCCAGCCGAAAUCUGCAAGACGUCUCUCCUCAUGCCUCGCUGGAGGAGAUCAAACAGAGGAAAGUGCUGGACCUCAGAAGAUGGUAUUGCAUCAGUCGGCCACAGUACAAGACUUCAUGUGGAAUCUCUUCUCUGGUUUCCUGCUGGAACUUCUUGUACAGCACUCUGGGCGCCGGGAGUCUGCCGCCCAUCUCUCAGGAGGAGGCUCUGCAUAUUCUGGGUUUUCAGCCGCCUUUUGAAGAAAUCAAGUUCGGUCCUUUCACUGGCAACGCCACCUUAAUGCGGUGGUUCAGACAAAUCAAUGACAAUUUCCGAGUGCGAGGUUGCUCCUACAUUCUGUACAAGCCGCACGGGAAACACAAGACAGCAGGAGAGACAGCUGAAGGAGCGUUGAUGAAGCUGACACAAGGACUGAAGGAUGAGUCUAUGGCCUACAUUUACCACUGCCAGAACCACUACUUCUGCCCAGUGGGCUUUGAAGCUACGCCACUCAAAGCAGCAAAGGCUUAUAGGGGCCCUUUACCCACCAAUGAAAUGGAGUACUGGAUCCUCAUUGGCGAGCCCAGCAGGAAACACCCAGCUAUCCACUGUAAAAAGUGGCUCGACAUUGUGACGGACCUCAACACACAAAAUCCAGAAUACCUGGACAUCCGUCACACAGAGAGGGGGAUUCAGCGCCGCAAAACCAAAAAGGUGGGUGGCAACCUGCACUGCAUCAUGGCCUUCCAGAGGGUGAACUGGCAGAAGCUCGGCCCCUGGGCUCUUAACUUGGAGAAUCUGCGCCACGACUUCCACCAACACGGCACAGAGCGGCCCCAGGGGAGCGCCGCGGAGGAGGCGGAGGAGAGGACGUCAUCCAAGCGCCUGGCCAACCUGGGACGCUCACACAGUAUGGGAAGUCAGAAGGACACCAGCUGGAAACGUCUGUCCAACACCACAGAGUACAGACAGAGGAGCUCCCCUGACAGCGACCUUGAAGAAGACAUCACAGACUGAAAAGGUUCACGGGACAUACGGGGGGAGGGGGUUAAGUAACAGAUAUUACAGUACAGUAGCUCUGAGAUACAUUUGAGAGGAUAGCUCUGCUGUUAUUCUGUAUUUUACUGCCAACAAAUCUCAUGCUAAAACUAAAACCAACAACGAGUUAGUCUGUUUCUCAGUGCUCUCUGAGAUCCUUGGCCUGUCUCUGGCUCUCAGCCCAGAGCCCAUUUACUGUUGCUGGGGACGUGAAUUGCAAAGCUUUAAAUAGCUGAUAUACAGUAGUUUCAUUGUUAAACUUAAACUGUUUUUUUUUUCUAUUUGGGGGAAACAAUCACAUUAACACAACACUGACAAGUCAUCGCCUUUAAAGGGAUACUUUAGAUUUUUUAAAGUGUGGUUUUAUGAAGUAAUAUAUGCUAUAUUUAGAAUAUUUUCACUGCUUUACCUGGCUACCGCUGCCUCAAUCAAGUAGUGUGUUUGUUAUUAUGUGACUUUGGUAAAUCCCAACUAACCCUUUAAAACACUAAAGUCACACAGUAACACGAUGUGGCAGCCUGACAGCUGAAGCCCAUCAUAAAACCCCUUAAAGCAAAGGGGAGUUUUUGAUUUGGGUGACUUGGGUACUGUCUGUAGGUUCAUCACUAUGAGAGACCCUUUUCACAUUUUCAUUGUCACUUAAUACAUUUUGAUUAUAAAAACGUUAAUUAUAGCAGCUCUAAAUAAGCAGAAUAGAUUUAAACAGAAGAGAAUAGCGCAUUUGUCGGAGACUAUUUCUAGCGGGGGAUUAAUUCACAUUAGCUGCAUCAGCGAGGAGUCAUGGCAGCAGGACGGCGUAUAUGCGAUUGGUUCAACAGUGAACCCCUUUACACCUUGGGUUAAAAUGUGUCCUUUUUCCAGACUGUAUCUCGAUAUAUAGAUAUGAUUGAACCUGAUUAUAUUUACAGCUGCAUUAAUAAGUGUCCCCAGUGUCCUCAUUUAUAUCUGAUCACUCUGUCCAGCUCAAAGAACCAAACAGGCCCCGCCCUUGCCUGUCAACAACUGCUAUGAUAAGAAUACAAAAAGAAGUACGUAGGAUGCACAGUAUUUAUUAUAUGAUGCAUUUUUAAAGACACUAUUGGCAUAAAAAAAAUGAAACAAACAUUUAAAGAGUUACCUGACUGUAAAGACAGCAAUCGACAGGACGAAUAUGCUUCAUCGAGGGAGAUGAGGGAACAUCAGAUGAGACGGAGACCACCGUGUGCCCUGUAGCUUCAGCGUCACGUGACGGAGAGCCACUGCUGCCUUGCUGUUUUGAAAAAACUUGCGCGUGAUUACGUAUUUUUGGCCACAUAGUUGGAUGCAGAUCGAAAAAGCAGUUGCAUUUACACUUGAGUUCAUUGUGGGCACCAUGAUUUCCUGACACUGGUCAGUGAUGUGUUUUUAGUAGAUUUUGAAACAGUGGUGCUUUGUGGGACAGAGGAACAUCAUGCUUUGAAGACACAGACACUUGGUAACAGGAUCAGUUCAGUGAUGGUUUUGGUCUCUUUGUGGGAUUUGUUGACAGUAUAAAAAUAUAGUUUAUCACCAGACUUGUACUUGACAGUUUUUUAAGACUAUCAGAUGUGGAUUCAACUCAGCUGUCAUUUUUGGGGCCAUAUUGUAGUCGUGAGUGCUUUCAAUCAAAUAAUCUUUCAGAGUCAGGGUCGGUGAGGUUCUGCCUACUGGUCCUCUUUGUCUUCAUGAUUUUUGACAUGUUUCCUGACUUUUCUGUCUCUGCCAGCGUCUACCAACGAUACACCAACUGCUUUAAAUCAAAAACAACGGCAGCUACUCCACAAGUCAGCCACAUCAAACUACCAUUGAGCAGUGUGUUAGUUAAUAGACUAUUAUUGUUUGUUUUCCACACAACGUAUUAAGAGAAAACUUCACCUGCAAAGUGAUCAUUUGUAUAAUAAUUACUCUUAAAAACUUAAUUUGAAUGAAGAAUCCACGUGAAAUGGAGGCUUGAAAAAAACAGUUUACUAUUGAAAUUCAAGGCAACAUGGGGUGAGUACUGAAUAUACAAACAGAUAUUUUGCAGGUGAAGUAUUCCUUUAUUGUACAAAAUAUAGAGGCGUGCAGAUAGUCGCCGUCUGAGCUGCUAAUGCAUCUGUAUGUUCUGUAAUAAAGGUGGAAAGUCUCAAAAAUCAUGAUGACGUAUAACAAACAUAUAAAAAAAAUACAGCACAUCAAACUACAGCCUCAAAAAUUGACUUCUAGUUGUAUUGAGCGGUAUAAACUUAAUGGCCACUGCACUGUAAGGUGUUUCUGUUAUUUUGUCCACCCCUGUGUCGUACUAAUAGAUGGAGAUUAGAUGUUCUCACAGGUGUUCACACCACAGGAUUAUUUUAUAUUUCACCCGACUGCUAAUCACAUGCACAUUCCUCUGAAUCUGAUUUUGUUGCUAUCACUUCAUGUUAAACUCACUGCAGUGGUUCUGUAAGAGUGCACAUUAUAUUCCACUAGUGCUGUUAGAGAACACGACGUCCACACAUCCGCUGUAAAUUCUGUUCAAACAUGACACACUUCCCCAAGUC